CAAUCACAUUCAACCACCUCGACUGGAGGGGAUUUACUUUUUUUCAAUGACUCGUUUUUUCUUUCCGCCGAGGCUUGAGUUUUCCAUUCUCAUCAUCUCAGCAUACAUAUAACCAUGGCCGAUAACUCAACACCCAAAGGAACUGUGAGGAGACGUGUGACUGGACGAUCCAAUACAAAUAGCCAGCCUCGUGGUGGUGUACCUGGCGGCAGCACUUCUAGCAUGAUGCGUAUUUAUUCUGACGAUUCACCAGGUCUUCGUGUGGAUCCUGUUGUUGUCUUGGUCUUGUCGUUGACCUUUAUUGCUUCCGUGUUCGGUCUUCAUAUUGUUGGCAAAUUCUUGCGUGCCUAAAAACUAGACAGUGUAUGUUUUUCCAUGUCCCCGUCAACGAAAAAAAACCCUUCCCAUAAAUAUCGAUCGUCUAUUUGCUUUUUUGUUCCUUCUCUUUCUAUUAUCUUGAUGGUCUUUUUGACUUUAUUCUGUUUUCUUCAUCGUCAAACUCCACAAGUGUGAGAUAGUUUUAUACUACGUUACGUGUUACACAUCAGCUAUAGGAUCACAAAGGAAGAUGAUCAUAACAAAUUUCUAUACAGUAUAACCGCUUGAUAAGCAAGGAAACGGGGGAAUGGACAGUAGUAAGAUAGAAGUUGGUGGAUCAAUUCCAGUGUAUCGUCGAUAUUUUUAUUUGGUCUAUGACGUUGAGG